CAUGAAGCUGCUGUGAUCUGCCACACCUCUCCUUUACAUAAAGAGAGGAAACAAACAAACAAGAAGCAACCCUCAUAAAAGCACAUGAUUAUGUGAAAAUGUCCAUUUUACCCUUUUGCAAACAUAAUUUGUACCCAAAAGGGGAAGGACAUCAUCGGCCUUUUAAAGCUUAGAAAGAGGAAUUACCUCCUCAAAGAAAGAGUGCAAGUCCCAUGAUGCAAUUAAAGAUAGAGUAUCAUCAAUCCAAAAAAAUAAAUAAAGUAUAAAAAAGAAAAAGGAAAGACUGAAGAAGACAAAUUAAAAUCUGCUUUUGGCACUUACAUUAUCCUAUGCUGUCUGAGGAAAAAUAACAGUUUAAUAGGUCACUUCAACAUCACAACAUCUUCCAAAUCCUUCAUUUUUUUAAAGCAAUUUUCUCUUCCUCUCAAUCAUUUUAGCUGCACACGUAUCCUUUCCUUUGCACUAACCCAAUUAAUAUAAUACUAAACAAAUACUAAAGGGCAGCGCUUUACACUCAAAAACAGCAAAUAAGAAAAAGAAAGGAAACAGAAUCUCCAUUGUUAUUAUCUCUUCUACACUCUGCAUAAUACUGUAUUUUCUUUGUUGAUCUUUCUCUCUUUUACUGCAUAAGUUAUGUUCCAAAUCUGACACACUAUAGUGAGAGAGAAAGAGAGGUGAGGCAGAGAGCACCUCUCACACUACAGUACUGUGAUGAACUCAAAUACUGUUUCCUAGUUCCUUAUCAAAGAUUAUGAGAUAGCUUAAAGAUUAAAUCUUUUGAUUGGGUAUUUGUGAUCUCUGUCUCAUAGUUAUUACAUGAAGAUUCGCUAUCUGGGUCUUAAAAAAUGGAAACUUUACAAAAAUCCCAUGUUCUACAAAAACCCCAUGUUGUUAAUAUUGAUGAUGCUGAUAUAGAGGGAAGUAGCAGUCAUCACCAUCAGUCAGACGAUGAAGAGCAAAGAAGCUCUUCAAGUGAGUCUGGCUCGAGCAGUGAGAUUGCGAAAGAGAGUAGAUCCUCUGUGUCUGAGGCGGAUCUGGAGUGUGGGAUGACUGAGAUUAAGGUACAUUUGUCAAAGGUUGAAAGAGAUUGCAGGAUUUGUCAUCUUAGUUUAGAUGCUGGAAAUCAAGAUGGUGGUAUGCCUAUUGAGUUGGGUUGUUCUUGUAAAGAUGAUCUCGCUGCUGCUCACAGGCAGUGCGCAGAAGCUUGGUUCAAGAUUAAGGGAAACAAAACCUGUGAGAUUUGCGGAUCAGUUGCCCGAAAUGUUACUGGUCCAAAUGAGGUUGAAUUGGUAGAGCAGUGGAAUGAAGCCAAUGAAGCUGCAGUAGCAACCGCAGUUCCAUCAGUACACACAGCAGAGACGCGACACUUCUGGCAGGGCCACCGAUUCCUGAAUUUCUUGCUAGCAUGUAUGGUCUUUGCCUUUGUCAUCUCUUGGCUCUUUCACUUCAAUGUACCUUCAUAGUCAUGCAUUUGAGCACUGUGAUUUUCUUGAAUUCGAUGAUUGAAGAGAUGCCAAGUACCAUGGCUGAGUGCAUAUGCAGGUACCAACUCUCUGCCAAUUGAUAAAGAAAGUUAUUCCCCUAUCUAUGUUCUGUUUAUAUUAGUAUCAGAGCUCGAAGACAACAUUCUGUAACCUGUUCUUUGUUAGCGAUGAUGUUAGUCGCACAACCAGAGAAUGUUUCCUCUACUAGUACAACCUUUUGCUUUUAGCAUUCGCAACACAACGCUUGUCUUCUCAUUUUCUGAAAAUCUGUCCAUUUCCGAUAAAAAAAUCUGAAAGCUUCUGUGUGGUUUUGCAUUUUUCUUUUGUG